AUGAGGCUAGAGGUUGUCCCCUUUCCGACGUCGCUCCCGCCAUCGCCGCCCGAGCCGCCAGCGCCGCGGUACGGCACGGUCGUCGGCUUCCUCGCGAGGGGGCCGGGGAUGGAGCCGCCCGUCCUCUCGCUCAGCCUCGUGUUCGGCGCGGUCGGCGCCGCCGGAGCCGCAUUGUCCGCGCACCAAAGCGAGAUGGCGUCCAUCUUCCCCGUCUUCUUUGGCGCGGUGUGCCUCAGCUUGGCCGCCUUCUCCGUGUCCAACGCGCUGCUCUGCGGCGACGAAUUGGCUCGCGCGUGGGCGUUCGUGAUCCCGCUUCACCCUCUUCCGCUGACGGCGCUACUGUUGCUCGUCCCCGCGGACGAUCUUCUGCGCGCCAAGGAGAGCGUGGACAUCUUUCGUUUGCCCGGGACCGUAUUAGUUGGGGCAAUCGGGGCGGUAACCGCCACCAUGCCGCGCCCCCUUCGCUGGAAGUGCAUGGUGGUGGCCGGGUUCCUUCUGUCGAUUGCCUCGGCUUUCGGUGUGGCCACGUACCUACUCGACGAGCGGCUCUCCUUCAUUUGCAACGAGAUGUUUCCCUACCACCUCUCGGCCCUGGGCAGCCUCGCCCUCACCCACUGUGUACGGCCCCCCGGAGUGCCCUCCUCGAUUGCCUUGUGGGCGCUCGCUGUGCUCUUUCUGUUUGCUGUCUUCGGCCCCGAGUGGGUCCGUCCCAUGCUCAUCGCCGGACCCGUCCUGCUCGCACACGUGGUCGUCUCCUUCCAGCGGGAGGAGUGUGAGACAAACCUUAAGGGCGCCGCUGCUGAUGAGGAGGCCGCUGCGCCGGUGGCGUGUCGCACUGCGCACUCCUCAGGCGGCGUGACGGUGACUCAGCUGCUCGUCGCCGCCCUGGCGGCCCUCCAGCUCGUGGAUCAGAACAUGGCCGUCAAAAGUGAGGUGCGAAUGGACGCAUCUCGCCUCCUCCACGCAACCGACCAGCGUGUGCUGACCGCCGAGCCGGGCACGGGCGACGUCACGGGCUGGCACUCCACCGCUCUCCGGGUCCGAUCGCUGCCCGGCUUCGACCUGAUUCGCGAGGUGCCUCUCGAAGGGCUCGAAGGAGGCCACUGCGACACCCUGCGUGCCGGGACUGUCGUCGACGGCCGCCUGAUCUGCACUGUCGACACGCCGGUGUUCGACGGACCGCCGGGGGAGCGUUUCUUCCUGCGCGUCUACGACGCGGGGAGUCUCGCUUUCCAGCGCGCCAUUCCUCUCGACUUCGCGCCCGCCUUCGGCGCCCUGGCGGUCAAGGUGGGUUAUCAGUGCCCGGGUGUGGUGGUCGGCUGCCCCACGCUGCUCGCAUUUGAGGACUACUAG